CGUGGCUGUGCGCAUGCGUUGGCGGCACUUGUUUCCACUUCCUGUAAAUAGGCCAACAUGUCACUACAGACAAUAUUAGCUGUUUCUGCCUUAUUUACGGCCGUUUCUGGCCUGUAUUUUCAUAUUGGUGAAACGGAGAAGAAAUGUUUUAUUGAAGAAAUUCCUGAUGAAACAAUGGUAGUGGGGAACUACAAGGUCCAACUGUAUGACUUUUCUGUCAAGGAAUAUCUUCCUUCAGCACCGGGCAUCGGCAUGCUCGUUGAAAUAAAAGAUCCUGACAACAAAAUUAUCUUGUCCCGCACAUACGCAUCUGAAGGUCGUUUCACGUUCACAUCUGCGAUGGCCGGGGAACACACCAUCUGUCUCCACUCUAACUCAAGUGCUUGGUUCUCUAGUGGACAGCUGCGUGUGCACCUGGACAUCCAGGUUGGAGAGCAUGCUGUGGACUACCAGCAGAUCCAGGCCAAGGACAAGCUUUCCGAGCUCCAGCUCCGUAUCCGCCAGCUCCUUGACCAGGUGGAGCAGAUUACUAAGGAACAAAACUACCAGAGGUACCGAGAGGAGCGUUUCCGACAGACAAGUGAGAGCACGAACCAGCGUGUCCUCUGGUGGUCCAUCUCUCAAACCCUCAUUCUCCUCGUCACAGGAUUCUGGCAGAUGCGUCAUUUAAAAUCUUUCUUUGAGGCCAAGAAAUUAGUAUAAGGACACAUAUUUAUUUAGGAUAUUUAUCAAUUGAAUUGUUCAUAAUAGGAAGGUUUUAAUUGUAAAGUGUGUUACAAGCAUGAGAUGUUAAAUUUGAAAAUAAGAUGAAAAGUUUCAUAUAGAGCAAACACUUUCUAGUCAGAGGAACCGUAUAAGAUCUGUUUAUCAUACCAAAUGAAAAAGAAAAGAAGUUGCAGGGAAAAUAAUUUCAAUCAAGUAAAUGUGAUUCAAGUGACUUGUGUUCUGAGGGGACUGUGUACAUAUUUUAACAGCUUAUUUAAGGUUUCCAUGGUUACAUUUGUACUAUGUACACUGUAGUGAAAUCAUUCCAUGUACCUGUGUUCCUGUGUAAAGGACUGCUUUUAUCGAAUCUUAUUUUUGUUAAUUAAAAAAGUAAAUAUGAAUCACUCAGGGGCCCAUUUCAACAAAAAUCCUUGGAGGGACUUUCAACAUUGCAGGCUCCCAUGUUAAUCAAGUGUCGUUGAAAAUUUCAUGUAAUUAGUUAUAAGUCAAUUUCAUGUUUCUUUUUUAUAAAGAUUUUGUCCAUGAAAAUAUUUGACUUUUAUUAUCCCUCAGCUAUGUUAAGUGGUAAUUUUACAUGCAGUCUUUCAUGCUCAACACAAUUGAAUAGAUGAUGGGCCACUUGUAAAAAAAUAAAACUGAUUAAACUUGAGAAGUAAUCCACACGGUUUCUUCUGGUUUGUUUGCGUAUGAAAGCAAUGUAAUUGGUCACAAGUCAUAAUUGGAUAUAUAUAGACCAAUCAAUAAACAUUUUGACUACACCCUGCAUUUACUGGGGAAGGCAAAGAAGAUUAUUUCAAUAGUAAGUGCAUAAUAAGUUUCAAAUGUUGAAAAACUGCUUACAAAGCGUCAUUUAGGUUACAUGUCGAGUUGCUUUACUGCCACUUCCUUGUUACAUUUCCACUGCUUGCCCAGCAACCUCUGAUGAACACCAUUAUUUCAAGCUUAGCAACACAGGAUCAACAUUACUAUGCAAUUUGAACAUAUUUGAUAGUGUGUAAUUAUAAGGAAAAACUGGAUUUUGAUUGUUGUGUAAUUGUGUUAUAUAAUAUUAUCAGAUACUUUCAUCAUUUACAUAUUGUUAAGUAAAUACUCCAGAUUCAAAUCUUAGUACAUUUAUUGUAUGUAUAGACCAUCCUUUUGUUUGAGUUUUCAAAGUACAAUAAGAAGAAACCUUUGAUCAAGUGUCUUUAACAUGGUUUUGUGCCUGAAUUCUCAUCAGAAGUUCAGCUUACAACAUGGAUAAAUUGUAAGCUUGCCAGUGGAUGUUAAGGCUAGCAGCUAGUAAGUUUAUAUACUAGCAAGCAGCAAGCAAGUGUAGUUAAUAGCUAGUGCCCCAGUGAAGAAUGUUUGCCAAUGUUUGGUGGGUUUCAGAGCAGGGAAGAUCGUUUCCGGUACACGAGCGAUAGCACGAACCAGCGUGUCUUCUGGUGGUCCAUAGGACAAACUGCUACCUUAGUUAUCAUAGCCUUUCUUCAAGUACGACAUCUUAAGAAGUUCUUCAUCUCUAAAAAACUUGUCUGAUUUCAUUCUUUACCUAGUGACUAAAUUUGAUAUCCACGUACGGUACUAGCAAGUUGUUUCUGCCUAGAUGCUACCAGGACAACAGACUGGUACUGCUGUUUGCUUGACUGUGUACAUGAGUGCUGUUGUAUGGUGUUAAGUAAUGUACAAUUAUUAUCUCACUGGGACUCGCUCAUAGAUUUUAUGUUGGCAACAAUUUUUUUAAGCUUUGUUGAUAUUGAGUUUACUUACUUUUCUGAACAAACUUCAAAUAGCAAUGGGCAGAUACUUAAUUGAACAGAAUUUUGUAAAUCCAAGCCUAAUAUAAAUUCAAUUUCCAAUAGUGUUUCUAAUGCUCUAUGGCUUAAUUAAGCAUUUACUAAAAAUUAUGUCAUUAUUAACUAAAAAUUAUGUCAUUAUUAACUAAAAAUUAUGUCAUUAUUAACAAUAAACAUUUUGUUCUCUUUUUUUGUUUUCUCUAACUUGCCCUUUAAAAUGUAAACAAAUCCCGUUAAUCUGUACACUAUAGUACUUACAUAGGUGUUUUAUAUUGUUGUGUAUGCUGUGUGUAUGAUGAACCAUUGUAGAUUAUUCUACUGUAUCAUGUUUUACUAUGUACAUGUCCAUGAGUCACAGUUAUCAAUAUAUGUGAUGAAAGAUGGUCUUUUCUUUUCUGGUAAUUGAAGUUAUAUAUCCCAUACAUGUAUGUUUAGAAUUAUGAUGACAGAAAUACUGAACAGCAUUUUGAGGACUCGGCACUAAAUGGAUGUAACUCUUAUCAAAAUAGGAGUUACAACCAUCUUGUAUCCUACCUUCGAUUUGUACACAUCUCCCAUUUGAGAGCAUGUGAAAUUGGAAUGGUUCUUGUAUUUAUCCUAACAAUGAUGUAUAUUUUCUUUUGACUCUCUACUCGUGUGAAAUAAAAUUGGUGAUACAUUGCA